AUGAGGUGUGACAACAUUUGCUCUAGAUGUGGAGUCCCAGAAAAAACUAUAAACCAUGCUAUCUUUGAAUGUCCACCAGCUCUACAAACAUGGGCCCUUGCCACUACUGCCAUGCCGCCAAGCUUAUUUCCAUCUCCGGGUAUUUAUACGAACAUGGACUACCUCUUUUGGAGAAGAUCUGACAAUGGGGAUGAAGAAGAAGACAAAGACCCUUUUCCAUGGAUCAUUUGGUUUAUUUGGAAGGCACAGAACGAGAAACUCUUCCAAGGCAUAUCCCGUGACCCCUUAGGGACGAACCAAGCCAUAAGCUUGCGGGACAUAUGUUUGGUGGAUGGAUCAUGGCAUCAAGACAAUACAUACAGUGGAUGUGGAUGGAUAUGGAUAACAUCGGAAGGGACCCAACGAAUGCUCGGUCUUCAUAACCAGCCACGACGUCUUUCUCCUCUUCACAUGGAAGUGGAAGCGCUUUUAUGGGCCAUGCAAUGUGUUCUCCAACAUACCACAUCUCAAUCGUUUGGAACCGACUGCCAGGAUGUGAUCAAGAUGAUUGAGAAGCCGCACGAAUGGCCAAAAUAUUCUACUGAGCUUCUAGAGUUUAAGCGUUUGAGGAGCUCCUUCUCGUCCUUCUCUAUUGCCUAUGUGCCUCGGGCUCUUGUUAGUAAAGCCGAUCACUUGGCCAAACUUGCUAGGAACCUUGUGACUUAUGCGGCUCAGACCAAAGACAAUCCUUUCCGUCGAUUCUACAGAUGUGAAGUUGCAUUACAGAGGAAAAUGGAAGAGCAUCUUUUCAAGUGGAUUGAUGAAGCUUUGCUCGAUGAGACUAGAAUGGUGGAGAGAAAGCAUUUGAGUCUUGUUGAAGAGGUAAAGGAAUUCAGAGGAAAAAUGGUGGAGAAACUGGAGCUAGAAGAGAGGAUGAUCCUUAAGAUGGUUGAAGAAAGAAUGAAAGAAGAGCUAGAAGAGGUGAAAGCAAAAGUUGAAGCAAAAAUUAAAGAAGAAAUGAUGAUGGCUGCUGAAACAUUGCAGAAGAUGGCUCGAGAGAUGGCAAAAACGAGCAUGCAAAAGGUUGGGAUUACAUUGUUGGUUGUAGGAGCAAUAGGAAGGAUUUGUGGUAAGCUUAUGGGUUAG